AUGCUUAGAUCGCGCUGCAGCGUCGCCGGGUUGGAUCGCCGGCAGCAGCAGCAGCAGGUCCUCAAGGAAGAUCUCGCAAGACUGGUGCGAUCUUGCGACACUGCUGAGGAGGUGAGGGAAAUCCAUGCCAAGAUCGCGAGCGGCGCCUUUGCCAGGAGCCGAUUCCUGGCCAAUGUCGUGGUGCAAAUGUAUGGGCAGUGUGGGAGCGUGGAUGAUGCGCGGAGGGUGUUUGAGGCCAUCCCGGAGCCCAACGUCUUCUCCUGGAACGUGAUGCUCCAGAGCUAUGUGCUUGCCGGGAGGAUCCAGGAUGCCCGGGCGAUUUUUGAGAGAAUGGCUGAUCUCAGGGACAUUGUGUCGUGGACUACGAUGAUAAGCGCCUAUGCCGACAGUGGCGAGAUGGAUUCUGUGCGUGAUCUCUUCGAGACGAUGCCUCAGAGGGAUUUGGCUUGCUGGAAUGCCGUGCUCACAGCAAAUGCCGAGAAUGGGGAUAUGGGUGGAACGAAGCAGUUGUUCCAAAGGAUGCCCGAGUGGAACGUCAAGUCGUGGAACAUCAUGAUCUCGAGCUAUAGCUCGCAUUUGCGGAUCGAUGAAGCAAGAAAGAUCUUCGACAGUAUGAGCCAGAGGGACAUCGUUUCGUGGACAACGAUGGUUCUAGCAUAUGCCCAGAUAGGGGAUCACGAGAAAUUCCGGGAGAUCAUCCAAUCCAUGCCGGAAUUCAGCAUCGUGUCGUGCAACGCCCUGAUAGCCGCUCACGCAGAGGUCGAAGACGUGGCUGGCGCGAAGAAGAUCUUCGACGCCAUGAUCGAGCGCGACUGUUCUUCGUGGAACUCGAUGAUCUCCGCGUAUGCCCAGCUCGGGGAUGUGGAAGAGGCCAAGAAGUUCUUGGACGAGAUGCCCAAGCACAACUCUCUCUCGUGGGCCGCGCUGUUCCAGGCCUACGCUCACAGCCGGGAACGAAUCCAGGAAGCCAAGGUGUUCUUCGACGAGAUCCCAGAGGGAAGCGUGGUUAUAUGGACGUCGAUGCUCCAGCUCCUUGCCGAGAGCCGGCGACUGGAAGAAGCCAAGGCGAUGUUCGAUCGAAUGCCUUCGGUGGACGUUGUGGCGAGCACUGCGAUGAUCUACGCUUACGCAGCCAGCGGCUUCGUGGCGGAAUCGAGAGCCCAGUUCGAGCAAAUGCCGGUGAGAGACACGGUCGCUUGGAACACGAUGCUGUCCGGGUAUGCCCACAACGGGUAUAUGGCUCAAGCCGAGGCAUUGUUUGAGCGUCUCCCACAGCCAAGCGCGGUGUCAUGGACUUCGAUCAUUGCCGCAAAUGCCCACUCUCGGAUCAUCGCCAGUGGUAGCAGCAGCAGGAGCUAUCCAAGACGAGCUCUCCAGUUCUUCCAGCGGAUGCUUCUCCAGGGAGUGGACACGGACGAGCCAACGCUGAGGAACGUCUUGGUGGCGUCCACUCACGUCGGGACGCUGAGCGUAGGACUCGGCUGCUUCAGAGGGAUGCUCCAUGAUCACGGCGUGGAUCACUCGCUCUUCCACUACUGCUGCAUUGUCAACAUCCUGGGACGGGCAGGACAGCUGAGAAACGCGCAGGAUCUCGUGGAGGGCAUGCCGUUCUCCGCGGACGCUACUGCGUGGGGGAUCCUGCUAAGUUGCUGCGCGAUUCAUGGGGAUCUGGAGAGGGCUGCGGUAGCGGCCGAGCGAGUUCUCGAGUUUGACAGGAGAGAGGCUGGAGCGUACGUGUCGCUAGCCAACAUUUACUACACUAUGCGAGAACAAGAGCAAAGCAGCACAGUGUCGUCAUCAUAG